GACAGCUGAUAAACGCAAGAAGAUGAUGAUUUCAUGCACUCAGCCUCGUAGAGUGGCUGCAAUGUCUGUUUCUCGCCGUGUGGCCGAAGAGAUGGAUGUGAGUAUUGGUGAAGAGGUUGGUUACAGCAUCAGAUUUGAAGAUUGUAAUAGUGCAAGGCAUGUUUUGAAGUAUCUAUCAUAUGGUAUGUUUUUUAGAGAAGCAAUGACGGAUCCACUUUUGGAACGAUACAAAGUAAUUAUUCUUGAUGAGGCACAUGAAAGGACUUUGGCUACUGAUGUGCUAUUUGGCCUUCUAAAGGAAGUUCUUAAAAACAGACCUGACUUGAAGUUGGUUGUUAUGAGUGCAACACUUGAAGCUGAAAAGUUUCAGGGCUAUUUUUUUGGAGCCCCACUUAUGAAAGUUCCUAGAAGGCUACAUCCUGUGGAAAUCUUUUAUACUUAGGAACCAGAAAGGGAUUACUUGGAGGCUGCUAUUAGGACAGUGGUGCAGAUUCACAUGUGUGAACCUCCUGGAGACAUACUUGUUUUUCUCACUGGAGAGGAAGAGAAAGAAGAUGCAUGCCGCAAAAUAUCUAAAGAAGUUGCAAAUUUGGGGGAUCAAGUGGGCCUUGUCCCUGUGAAAGCAGUACCAUUGUAUUCUACUCUUUCCCCAGCUAUGCAGCAGAAGAUUUUUGAGCCAGCUCCACCUCCAGUAAAAGAGGGAGGCCCCGCUGGAAGGAAGAUUGUGAAUGAUUUGUUUGAGGAUAGCCUUAGAGCUGCAGGAAUUCAAGGAGUAGAAGCCGUCACAAAGUUGUAUGUUUCCAACUUGGACCGUGGAGUAACCAAUGAA